AUGAGCCCUUCGAGCGGCUAUCUCCGGGGGCAGGACCCCUCUGGCGGCGGGGCCGCAGCGGCAGCAGCGGCAACAGCAGCAGCAGCAGCAGCUGUUGCUUCUACUGCACCUCGUGAAGAGGCACGCCCAGCAGCAUCUGCAGCGCGUGUUGAAGCAGCAGCACCCGACUUUGCUUUAGACCUGAUUACUACUCUUUACAACGGCAUUAUCGGCGCAGCCGACGACCUCUGCAGCAACAGCAGCAAUGGCAGCAGCAGUAGCAGCGCAGCAAUGUGCCGAGCAGGACUGCAGCAUAUGGCAGCAACAGCUGCAACACUUGCAGCCGAGAUGCUGCCGCAGGAGCUGCACGAUGCCCUGCAGCAACUUGCUGCGCUGCCGCCUCGGCCAGCAACAGACAGCAGCAUCAGCACGCACAAACCAACAGCAGAAGGGCAGCAGCAGCAGCAACCAGUGCAUGCCCCUGGGGUGGCCGUCCCAUUCCUUAGCAUGGAUGGCUCGGAUAUAUGCGUGCACUUUCAAGCAGAACCAGCAGCAAAAGCAGCAGCAGGAGCAGCAGCAGCAGCACCAGAGGGAGAAGGAGCAGUGGAAAAAGCAACAGGAGAGAAUGCUGCAGAUCCGGCAACGGAGUGUAUCUCUUCCAGAGAUGCAGUUGGUCCCGUACAACAGCAGCAAGAGCAGCUGCAAGAGCAGCAGCAGCUGGAUAAGCAGCAAGACCAGCAGCUGCUGCAGCUCAAUGAGCAGCAGCUGCGCCUGCUCUGUGCUGCUGUUGCUGUUCUGCAUGAUGCAGCAGUAGAGGAGCUGCGCGCCUUCUGGGAGGGUGCGCCGCGUCUGCUGCAGCAGGUACAGCAAGAUGCUGCAGCAGACACAGCUGGGGAAGGCAGCAGCAGCAUUAGCAGCAGUAGCAGCAAGCAGCAACAGAAACCCACAGAUUUGCUGCUGACCACCUGCAAGGAGGGGCCUGCUGCUGCUGCGCUGCAGCAGCUGCAGCAACUCGCAGGAGGCCGAGACAACCUGCUGCUUCUGUUAGGCCUGAGGCCAGCAGGAGCAGCAGCAACAGCGGCGGCAACAGCGGCAAAACCUAGGAGCAGCGCGCAUGCAUCGAAUUUACCUGGGGAGAGGCGCGCUGCCCGCUCAGAAGCAGCCGACGUGGCAGGAUCAGCAGCAGCUCCUCGCGUUGUAUCUUUAGCGGAAAUCAAAGACAUUUACCUGCUGCAAGAGAUGCAGCAGCAGCAGCAGCGGGGCAGCAGCGCAGCAACUGUAUCGGUGGUGUCUGUAGGCUCGAGCGUCGCAACUUCUCCAGCAGCAGCAGGUAGCCCCAGACACCGACCUUCACCUUCAGCAGCAGCAGCACCAACAGCAGCAGCAAGAGGAGAGGAGCGAACUGGGCUGCAGCAAGUGGCGCUGCAGCUGCAGCAGCUGCAUGCAGCAGUCCGCGAAGAGACGCGCAAGUUGCAAGAGUUGUCUUCUUUUUACGAUAUGUUUGCUGCUCAGUCUCUUGGCAUUGCUGCCGAUACACCGUAG